GUUGUUUCACAGAUUGGCAUUACAGUAGGAGCUGUACCAUAAUAAAGGAGGAACCCUUCUACAGGUAGUUCCAGAUCUCCAUCUCAAUGGCCCCACACCCAGUGGUCCAGGCCAUCAUUGACCUCUCAGCUGGAGCUAUAGGUAAAGUAACAGUUGCAUAGCACAGUUUCGGGGGCCCCGCAAGGUCUGUGCAAGGCCCACAAGAGGGUCAAAUUUGGCCCAAAUUAUUAUUGUUAUUAUUAUUAUUUUGUUGUAUACCCCCUCCCCCAUGGGGCAGAGAGAAAAAGGUGCAGUUUCAUAGCUGAUCUCAUGCUAUUUUUUUUUUUUUAGCUAUGAGGCUGAGAGAAAAUGUAGCUGUUUUAGAGCUCUGGGAUUUUUAUAAGACAGGACAAUCAACAUUUGAAAUAUAUAUUUUUAUAGACCAAAGUAUCAGCUAUCACGCCAUGUAAAGGAACAACCUUUUUAUAUAUAUAUAUAUAUAUAUAUAUAUAUAUAUAUAUACAUAUACAUAUACAUAUACUACCGUUCAAAAGUUCACUUAGACAUUUCCUUGUUUUCCAUGAAAACAUGCAUGAAAUGAGUUUGAAUAGGAAAUAUAGCAAAAUGCAUAGGAAAUGUAGUCAUUGACAAGGUUAGAAAUAAUGACUUUUUAUUGGAAAUAAUAAUUGUGUCCUUCAAACUUUGCUUUCGUCAAAGAAUCCUCCAUUUGCAGCAUUACAGCCUUUCAGACCUUUGGCAUUCUAGUUGUCAAUUAGUUGAGGUAUUCUGAAGAGAUUUCACCCCAUGCUUCCUGAAGCACCUCCCACAAGUUGGAUUGGCUUGGUGGGCACUUCUUACGUACCAUACGGUCAAGCUGCUCCCACAACAGCUCAAUAGGGUUGAGAUCCAGUGACUGUGCUGGCCACUCCAUUAUAGACAGAAUACCAGCUGACUGCUUCUUCCCUAAAUAGUUAUUGCAUAGUUUGGAGCUGUGCUUUGGGUCAUUGUCCUGUUGUAGGAGGAAAUUGGCUCCAAUCAAGCGCCAUCCACAGGGUAUGGCAUGGCGUUGCAAAAUGGAGUGAUAGCCUUCCUUCUUCAAGAUCUCUUUUACCCUCUACAAAUCUCCCACUUUACCACCACCAAAGCACCCCCAGACCAUUACAUUGCCUCCACCAUGCUUGACAGAUAGCAUCAAGCACUCCUCCAGCAUAUUUUCAUUUGGUCUGCGUCUCACAAAUGUUGUUCUUUGUGAUCCGAACACCUCAAACUUCAAUUCGUCUGUCCAUAACACUUUUUUCCAAUCUUACUCUGUCCAGUGUCUGUGUUCUUUUGGCCAUCUUAAUCUUUUCUUUUUAUUGGCCAGUCUGAGAUAUGGCUUUUUCUUUGAAACUCUGCCUAGAAGGUCAGCAUCCCGGAGUCGCCUCUUCACUGUUGACGUUGAGACUGGUGUUUUGCGGGUACUAUUUAAUGAAGCUGCCAGUUGUGGACCUGUGAGGCAUCUGUUUCUCAAACUAGACACUCUAAUGUAUUUGUCCUCUUGCUCAGUUGUGCACCGGGGCCUCCCACUCCUCUUUAUAUUCUGGUUAGAGCCAGUUUGCGCUGUUCUGUGAAGGGAGUAGUACACAGCGUUGUACGAGAUCUUCAGUUUCUUGGCAAUUUCUCGCAUGGGAUAGCCUUCAUUUAUCAGAACAAGAAUAGACUGACGAGUUUCAGAAAAAAGUUAUUUGUUUCUCGCCAUUUUGAGCCUGUAAUCGAACCCACAAUUGCUGAUGCUCCAGAUAUUCAACUAGUCUCAAGAAGGCCAGUUUUAUUGCUUCUUUAAUCAGCACAACAGUUUUCAGCUGUGCUAACAUAAUUGCAAAAGGGUUUUCUAAUGAUCAAUUAGCCUUUUAAAAUGAUAAACUUGGAUUAGCAAACAAUGUGCAAUAGGAACACAAGACUGAUGGUUGCUGAUAAUGGGCCUCUGUACGCCUAUGUAGAUAUUCCAUAAAAAGUCAGCCAUUUCCAGCUACAAUAGCCAUUAACAAUAUCUACACUGUAUUUCUGAUCAAUUUGAUGUUAUUUUAAUUGACAAAAAAAUUGCUUAUCUUUCGAAAACAAGGACAUUUCUAAUUGACCCCAAACUUUUGAACGUAGUGUAUAUUUCUCUCUUGCUUCUCCUUCAUUUUGGAAGAAAUUAAUUUGUGAACUUGUUCAACUAUUGUCUUUCUCGCUCUUUGAGUCAACUAUUCACCACGUUUUAUGCACUGCAGUGCUAGCUAGCAGUAUCUUAAGCUUUCAAUACUAGAUUAAUUCUCUGAUCCUUUGAUUGGGUGGACUACAUGUCAGCUCUGAUAGGUUGGAGGACAUCCUCCGGAAGCUGUCAUAAUUACUGUGGUAGUCUAUGGAAGGGGGUGAGAAAUAUGAGCCUCCUAGGUUUUGUAUUGAAGUCAAUGUACCCAGAGGAGGACGGAAGCUAGCUGUCCUCUGGCUACACCAUGGUGCUACCCUACAGAGUGAUGUUGAGGCUACUGUAGACCUUUGCAAAAUAGUGUUUUUUAAUCAAUUAUUUGGUGACGUGAUAAUAUUUAGUAACUUUUUUAGUGUUUUACCAUUUAUUUUUAUGAAAGUCACUGAGGAGGAUGGUCCUCCCCUUCCUCCUCUGAGGAGCCGCCACUGUAUUUGGGGGCCCCCAAAGCUUGUGGGCCCCCGCCUUGCGGGGGCUGCAGGGGUGUGUGCUACGCCAGUGUAAAGUAACAACAUGAUACUGUAUCAUCAUAUGAAUAUCCUGGUCCCAGGUCUGUUUGUGCUGUAUGGCCAACUCCUAUGCCGUCGCUAAUAAAGAAGGAUGUUGGGGUCCCUUUGAAUCACACACUACAAAAAAGAAAGGGAAAACACUGUGCACAGCAGUACGUCUAGUUCGAGGUGCUGGUUUGGCAGGAACAACUAGUAUUCAAACAUUGUUUGAUAUUAAAAAACGAGUUUUCGCAGGAACAACUAGCCUAGUAUUAAAAAACAAGAGACCAAACGCUAGAAAAGACAGGUGACCCGACCUUGACUUUAGUUCUAUUUACAUACAUUUUUAUUUUGCAGCGCAGCCGUAAUAAACACAGAAAUAAAUUAAAGUCAAGGUUUGUCGCCUGUCUUUUUAAAGGGGAAAUCUGCAGUUGCUAUACAUUUUUACCUAAAAUUGAUAUGUACCCAUUGAUUCUUGAAGAAUAUAACUUAUAAAUGACUCAUGAGCUUAGUUCAACUGUUGUACCCCAUCAGAACCCCAGAAAUAAACUUGUUUUACUCCGCUGUAAGUAAACAAAGUAACUGUAAACUAACGCUGUAUAUAGCCUCAAAACAUGGUUACAAAUAUAAUGUUGAUAACAUGGAUGGUCAGUCCUUGCAUCCAUAGCCCUGUCUAUGAAUUUGAUAGUGGUUUUUAAAAAUUCUGCCUCAUCCCUCAGCUUUGUCGGGGAGAAUGCUUUGUUAUUGUUUCCACUGCGGAUUGCCCUUUAAGUGUUUGGUUUUUACACUUGUUUUUGAGUACUUAUCGCACACUGUUGCGAACCCUUAUUACGUACACUUAUUGCACACCAGUGGUCUGGAUGGCCAAGAUGAAAUGUCUCCAAACAUUUGACUGUUUGUGUAACUACAUCUGAGUAAAUGUUCUUGAGAGCUUGACCUAACUAUUGUAAUUUAAUAGCAGUAACUGAAGCAAUGCCAAAAGGUGUCCAUUGUUCAGAGUCCUCACCUGACCUAGCAGGACACUGACUGCUGACUAUUGCCUUUCCCCCAGCCUGGCCCUUUGUGUUUCCAAUGGCUGUGAUCACUGUCUCACACAGACACACUAUCACAAAGCUCACUCUACAGAUCCUCAUCUCUCAGUGUAAAAUGUAGGGGAGGGUAGCGCUGAAUCAGGACGAGUGGUGUAUUUGUACUCGUAACAUACACCACUGUAGAAGGAGGAUUCCUUGUAACUUUGCAUGUGUUAUCAUUCAAACUGAUAAAGGAUGACCCACACUUCUCUUUGUAGUCAUAAUGAGAUUCAGGUUUUGUCUCACUGGCUUAAUUAAGUAGCCUGGUCCCAGAUCUGAUUGUGCUGUCUUGUCAGCUCCCAUGGUCAUGAAUUGACAUGGCUCCUUUUAACUGUCCCCACUCCACACCAAUUCCCUACCCAGGAGGUACAGCGUGUGUGCUGAGCGGUCAGCCCCUGGACACAGCCAAGGUGAAGAUGCAGACCUUCCCCUCCAUGUACCGAGGCUUCAUCCACUGCUUCUCCUCCACAUACAAGUAAGUAAGUAAGUAAGUAAGUAAGUAAGUAAGUAGCCUUGUCUGAGCCAGAAUGUCCCAAAGGGCAGGAGCCUAUCUCCUGUUUCUCUAGCGUGAGGCAGCUUGAUGUGCAAGUACACCCCCUGGACAGGACGCUAGUCUAUCACAGGUCCACGUACAAGUAGAUUCAGAAAGUAUUCAGACCCCUUGACUUUUACUGCCUUAUUCUAAAAUGGAUUAAAUAGUUUUUUCCCCUCAUCAAUCUACACACAAUACCCCAUAAUGACAAAGCAAAAACAGUUUUUUAGAAAUUGCAAAUAAAAUACUGAUAUGACAUUUACAUAAUUAUUCAGACCCUUUACUCAGUACUUUGUUGAAGCAGCUUUGGCAGCAAUUACAGCCUCAAGUCUUCUUGGGUAUGACGCUACAAGCUUGGCACACCUGUAUUUGGGGAGUUUCGCCCAUUCUUCUCUGCAGAUCCUCUGAAGCUCUGUCCGUUUGGCUGGGGAGCGUCGCUGCACAGCUAUUUUCAGGUCUCUCCAGAGAUGUUCGAUUGGGUUUAAGUCCGGGCUCUGGCUGGGCCACUCAAGGACAUUCACGGACUUGUCCGGAAGUCACUCCUGCAUUGUCUUGGCUGUGGGUUGUUGUCCUUUUGGAAGGUGAACCUUCGCCCCAGUCAGAUCCUGAGCGCUCUGGAGCAGGUUUUCAUCAAGGAUCUCUCUGUACUUUGCUCCGUUCAUCUUUCCCUCUAUCCUGACUAGUCUCCCAGUCCCUGCCACUGAAAAACAUCCCCACAGCAUGAUGCUGCCACCACCAUGCUUCAAUGUAGGGAUGGUGCCAGGUUUCUUCUAGACGUGACGCUUGGCAUUCAGGCCAAAGAGUUCAAUCUUGGUUUCAUCAGACCAGAGAAUCUUGUUUCUCAUGGUCUGAGAGUCCUUUAGAUGCCUUUUGGCACAUUCCAAGCAGGCUGUCAUGUGCCAUUUACUGAGGAGUGGCUUCCGUCUGCCCACUACCGUAAAGGCCUGAUUGGUGGAGUGCUGCAGAAAUGGUUGUCUUUCAGGAAGGUUCUCCCAUCUCCACAGAGGAACUCUAGAGCUCUGUCAGAGUGACCAAGGCCCUUCUCCCCCGAUUGCUCAGUUUGGCCGGGUGGCCAGCUCUAAGAAGAUCCUUGGUGGUUCUACACUUCUUCAAUUUAAGAAUGAUGGAGGCCACUGUGUUAUUGGGGAUCUUCAAUGCCGCAGAAAUGUUUUGGUACCCUUCCCCAGAUCUGUGCCUCGACACAAUCCUGUCUCGGAGCUCUACGGACAAUUCCUUCGACCUCAUGGCUUGGUUUUUGCUCUGACAUGAACUGUCAACUGUGGGACCUUAUAUAGACAGGCGUGUGCCUUUCCAAAUCAUGUCCAAUCAAUUGAAUUUACCACAAGUGGACUCCAAUCAAGUUGUAGAAACAUCUCAAGGAUGAUCAAUGGAAACAGGAUGAACCUGAGCUCAAUUUCGAGUCUCAUAGCAAAGGGUCUGAAUACUUAUUUAAAUAAGGUAUUUCUGUUUUUUAUUUUUAAUACAUUUGCAAACAUUUCUGAAAACCUGUUUUCGCUUUGUCAUUAUGGGGUAUUGUGUGUAGAUUGAUGAGACAAAUAAAUAAUUGAAUCAAUUUUAGAAUAAGGCAGUAAUGUAACAUUUGUAAAAAGUCAAGGGGUCUGAAUACUUUCCGAAUGCACUGUAUAUUGAUGAUGUAAUGUAUUAUGACUAAUAUGGAUGAUAUUAAGUAUUUUCACUGCCUAUGGUUGUUUAUAGUGUUGUAAAUUUUUCUAAUAUUAUAAACUACUCUAAACGCUACAGACAGGUGGGUCUCCGAGGGCUCUACCAGGGUACCAGCCCAGCCCUGAUGGCCAACAUCGCUGAGAAUUCUGUCCUCUUCAUGAGCUACGGAUUCUGUCAGGAGGUGGUCCGCACAAUGGCAGGACUGGGAACUGAGGCGCCACUCAGGUAAGGAGAGAUGCUGGGAUGGUUGUCUGUACAUCUUUUCUCUUUACACCAAGCUUUGUACCAUUCUGUAGUCUAACUAUUUUACAUCAGGUGGAUAUUGUGCAUCAGCCAUGCAUGUAGGCCUAAUUAAUGCUCACUCUCUUUCAGUAUUAGGCAUACCAUCUCAUACUGUAUGUUCUCUCUUUCUCUAUCUGUCGUUGUCUUUCAGUGACAUGCAAAAAGCGUGUGCUGGGUCGGUAGCAUCCAUCUUCUCCUCUCUGGUCCUCUGCCCCACUGAGCUGGUCAAGUGUCGUCUUCAAGCCAUGUACGAGAUGGAAGCGUCGGGCAAAAUCGCAAAGGGCCAAAAGUGAGUGUUUUAAAGGCCCAGUGCAGUCAACAUUUUUCCUGUGUUUUGUGUCAUAUUGUACAACAGCUGAUGAAACUAACACUGUAAAAGUGUAAAAAAAAAUGUGAUCAGUGUUAUAUCCUGAUAGUUGCUGGUUGAAAAUACAAUCUACACAGGACCUUCUAAUCAGCAGAUUUUGCACGAGUGGAGCUUCGGCAGGUGGUAAAUUAGUUACAGUGAGGGAAAAAAGUAUUUGAUCCCCUGCUGAUUUUGUACGUUUGCCCACUGGCAAAGAAAUUAUCAGUCUAUAAUUUUAAUGGUAGGUUUAUUUGAACAGUGAGAGACAGAAUAACAACAAAAAAAUCCAGAAAAACGCAUGUAAAAAAUGUUAUUGAUUUGCAUUUUAAUGAGGGAAAUAAGUAUUUGACCCCUCUGCAAAACAUGACUUAGUACUUGGUGACAAAACCCUUGUUGGCAAUCACAGAGGUCAGACGUUUCUUGUAGUUGGCCACCAGGUUUGCACACAUCUCAGGAGGAUUUUGUCCCACUCCUCUUUGCAGAUAUUCUCCAAGUCAUUAAGGUUUCGAGGCUGACGUUUGGCAACUCGAACCUUCAGCUCCCUCCACAGAUUUUCUAUGGGAUUAAGAUCUGGAGACUGGCUAGGCCACUCCAGGACCUUAAUGUGCUUCUUCUUGAGCCACUCCUUUGUUGCCUUGGCCGUGUGUUUUGGGUCAUUGUCAUGCUGGAAUACCCAUCCACGACCCAUUUUCAAUGCCCUGGCUGAGGGAAGGAGGUUCUCACCCAAGAUUUGACGGUACAUGGCCCCGUCCAUCGUCCCUUUGAUGCGGUGAAGUUGUCCUGUCCCCUUAGCAGAAAAACACCCCCAAAGCAUAAUGUUUCCACCUCCAUGUUUGACGGUGGGGAUGGUAUCUUGGGGUCAUAGGCAGCAUUCCUCCUCCUCCAAACACGGCGAGUUGAGUUGAUGCCAAAGAGCUCGAUUUUGGUCUCAUCUGACCACAACACUUUCACCCAGUUCUCCUCUGAAUCAUUCAGAUGUUCAUUGGCAAACUUCAGACGGGCAUGUAUAUGUGCUUUCUUGAGCAGGGGGACCUUGUGGGCGCUGCAGGAUUUCAGUCCUUCACGGCGUAGUGUGUUACCAAUUGUUUUCUUGGUGACUAUGGUCCCAGCUGCCUUGAGAUCAUUGACAAGAUCCUCCCGUGUAGUUCUGGGCUGAUUCCUCACCGUUCUCAUGAUCAUUGCAACUCCACGAGGUGAGAUCUUGCAUGGAGCCCCAGGCCAAGGAAUAUUGACAGUUCUUUUGUGUUUCUUCCAUUUGCGAAUAAUCGCACCAACUGUUGUCACCUUCUCACCAAGCUGCUUGGCGAUGGUCUUGUAGCCUUUCCAGCCUUGUGUAGGUCUACAAUCUUGUCCCUGACAUCCUUGGAGAGCUCUUUGGUCUUGGCCAUGGUGGAGAGUUUGGAAUCUGAUUGAUUGAUUGCUUCUGUGGACAGGUGUCUUUUUUACAGGUAACAAGCUGAGAUUAGGAGCACUCCCUUUAAGAGUGUGCUCCUAAUCUCAGCUCGUUACCUGUCUAAAAGACACCUGGGUGCCAGAAAUCUUGCUGAUUGAGAGGGGGUCAAAUACUUAUUUCCCUCAUUAAAAUGCAAAUUAAUUUAUAACUACAAGAAACGUCUGACCUCUGUGAUUGCCAACAAGGGUUUUGCCACCAAGUACUAAGUCAUGUUUUGCAGAGGGGUCAAAUACUUAUUUCCCUCAUUAAAAUGCAAAUCAAUUUAUAACAUUUUUGACAUGCGUUUUUCUGGAUUUUUUUGUUGUUAUUCUGUCUCGCACUGUUCAAAUAAACCUACCAUUUAAAAUUAUAAACUGAUCAUUUCUUUGUCAGUGGGCAAACGUACAAAAUCAGCAGGGGAUCAAAUACUUUUUUCCCUCACUGUAAUAGACCAAUAACAAAGAGUUCCAAACCUCUGCCAAUGGGCGAGAUCGUUUUGCAUCACCUGGUGCCUCGGGAGGGCAGGGUUUGCACAUUUUAGACCUUUCCAUUGGUCCUAAAGUGAAAUCUCCACCCACUCUGGGCAGCGAGCCAUGCAAAACGAACUCGCUCAAUAACAGCUAGUUUUUAGUUUUCCCCUCCCGCUCAGACCACUCCUAGGCAGUCCUAGCAAAAUUCUUGCUUGAGUUUUUUUUGGGGGGGACCAUAUUAAUGGGGAAACUAUUACAGUAAGGUACUUAAUUGUUAGCCAGAAAUUAUUUUAUAUUGAUAUAAAAACGACCGCAUUGGCCUUUUUAAGAAGGAUAUUUACUUAAUUUUAAUUUUUACUUACAAUUUUUAACUGAAGUUUUGCUAUUUUAAAGCCUUUAUUUUUUCACUGUUUUGUUUAGAGGGCUUACUGGUUGUGUAAACUAUUCUUACAAAAUGGCCAUGUUUUGAUUCUCAUAUUACCUUUUAUAAAAGAGAGCUUUUCUACCUCUGAACUUGAUGAGUGGUCCGGUGUGGCUGAGUUGGUAAAAGCUUAGCCCUAAUAAUGCCAAGGUUGUUGGUUCAAUUCCCACAGGGAUCACACACAUUUAAGCACUCACUGUUCUGUAAAUCCCUUUGCAUAAAAGCGACUACUAACUGGCAUAUACAAAGUGUAUAAACUACCCAUUUUCUCUCUCUCUCUCUCUCUCUCUCUCUCUCUGUCUCUCUCUGUCUCUCUGUCUCUCUCUCUCUGUCUCUGUCUCUCUGUCUCUGUCUCUCUCUGUCUCUGUCUCUCUCUCUCUCUCUCUCUCUCUCUCUCUCUCUCUCUCUCUCUGUCUCUCUGUCUCUGUCUCUGUCUCUGUCUCUCUCUCUCUCUCUGUCUCCAGCACAGUGUGGUCGGUGGCGAAGUCGGUGAUGAAGCAAAAUGGUCCUACAGGGUUUUUCACAGGCCUGACCACAACCAUCGCCAGAGAGGUGCCUGGGUACUUCUGCUUCUUCGGGGCCUACGAGCUCUGCCGAACCACCUUUGCUGACCACAUGAAGUGCAGCAAGGAAGACAUAGGUACUGUAGUAUUACUUAACUAUUAAGGGGCGGCAAGUAGCCUAGAGGUUGGAGAGGCAGGCCAUAGUCCCGGAGGGGCCUUCCGGAGGGGAUGGGAUAAAGGAGAAUGCAGUGUUCUUAUUCUUCAUUACUACAGUUGUGUCUCAGACCACAUGUUCACCUCUGUUAUGGAGAGUGAGCUGUAAAUACAGCCACUACUCAGUACGUUGUAGAUUAGUAGCUUUUAAAGAUUAAUUGUGUAGCAAUAUGCUUGAUUGGGAUUCCUUUGGGGAUUAUGCCGGAAUUGGCCAAUGUAAAGCCAAUCGCCUUUUGCGCCAAACUCUCUUUCCAAAACAUUCAACCUAAUUUGUUUAGUUUGUUGGAAAACAAAAACACACUGUGCUUAUGGCUGUGUUCCUGAUGACUUGUGGUUAUGUGUAUGUUACAGGAGUGGCCCCUAUUGUGUUCAGUGGGGGAUUCGGGGGUGCGUGCCUGUGGCUGGUGGUCUACCCCUUUGAUUGUGUCAAGUCUCGCAUCCAGGUCAUGUCAAUGAUGGGGCGCCAGGAAGGCUUCUUCAAGACCAUGAUGACUAUCGUGAGGAUGGAAGGUAAGCACUGUGUGGGAUGUUUUAUGGCUUUGAGCAACAUUUUUUAUUUUUAAACAUGAAUUGUAAAGACAUUCCUAUCUUUAUGACAUGCAAACAUUUAUAGAUAAUUGAUGUAAAUCCCACCCCAAAAAAUUGAUUGAGAUGCAGAUGCAUUAUUUGUUCUCGCUGCAUGUGAUGUGUUUGUGGGUGAGCAGUACCAGAGCAGUUGUAGAGCGAUCGACAAAGCCAACAUUCUGACUUUGUAAAAAUCCGCUCUGUGCUUCAAGCGAGAUGCAUCACUCCUCUUACAUGCUUUGUUGAGGACAGUAGUAAAUAUGAUCCUUUCUUGUAUUUCCCUUUUGUUUAGGUGUAAGGGCACUCUAUUCUGGUUUGACCCCCACCAUGAUCCGCACGUUCCCCGCCAACGGAGCCCUGUUCCUGGGGUAUGAGGCCAGCCGUAAGUUCAUGAUGAAACAGUUUGACAGCUGACCUGGUCCUCCUCCGACAACGAUGUCCCCCAUCUCUUUUUUUGCCUUGUCAUUUGUUCUGGUUAACCCUACUACGUUGUGUCGUUAACCUCUUACAACACUCCAUUUCAACACUUCAAACUGGUUGAAAUGAUCUGAUUUCAACGAGUUCUGGUUGUAAACGGGUUGAAAUUACGUCAUUUGCCCGCUGGGUUGGGCUUGGAACCCACACUCCUCAGAGUGAAGCAUUGUGGCUAAUAAUAUGUUUUUAGGUACUUGAUUUAAAUGUGAAUAUACACUGAGUGUACAAAACAUUAGGAACCUAUUUGCCCUCAGAACAGCCUCA